UUACUUUUUUUCCAAUAGGGGACUUUAGAAACACUUAAAAUAAGGGCUGUGUUUCAUGUAGGCUUACCCUGUCGUGACGUUUUGAUAACGUGUAAAUCUCUUUAAGGCAAGGUGGCUUAUCAAUAUAUUAGCCUGUAUUUACCCCCUAAAAUGAAACGCUAAUUAGCCUAUCAUAAAGAACUACAAGACAGCCGAAUCGAGGCCAUUGUAAGAAUCCCUGGAUGAAUUAUCUGUUAGCUAAAUGUAGUAAUCAAUUGUAUACAUUGCUUUCAAUUCUGUGAACUGUCUUGUGCAAGUUUUAAAUUGACACAAUACCUGUCAGCGAAGACUUCUGUUAGAGAUGAAGUGCAGGGAUUUGUGGUUUUGCAUGUCUACUUUGAUGCUAAUUAGUAUUUUCACAUCAAGGGUAAAUAGAGCCGAUUUAUAUUGAUAAAUCACCUUGUCCGAGAGAGAUUUACAUUGUUAUCAAAACGUCACCCCAGAGUCAGCCUGCACGAAACACAACCUAAAAUCCAGUUUCUAAAAUGCCCUUUGGGAAAAAUUGUUGAAAAAUUAUUUAAAACAUUUCCCUGUUUUGGCCGCUAGGAUUUGACAUCUCCACCGUGGUGCUCUAUAGAGGUUACAACCCAUAGGAAUUCCCACCCAGUUGACUACUUUAAAAUGGUGGAAGCCCCUCAAUGGUUGCAGGUAGCCUCGUGGUUAGAGCUUUGGGCCAGUAACGAAAAAUUGCGAGAUUGAAUUCCCAAGCUGACAAGGUCAAAUCUGUCGUAACCCCUCCUUGGCCGUCAUUGUAAAUAAGAAUUUGUUCUUAACUGACUUGCCUAGUUAAAUAAAGGUUAAUAAAAAAAUAAAUGGUGCUCCCAUGGUAAAACGGCAUUUUUUGGCAACUAGAUGCCUCUAUCAUGCUCUAUGGGACAUAUUCUGGACAGCACCAGAGAGGAAGAGACCCAACUCGGCAGAGCAUCUGUCUCCAUCCAACAGGUGGCGUAUUUUCGUUGUUUCGCACACCAAGCAAUGAGUUUUUGUAUGGAGGCCAAGAAGAAGUCGACUUAGGUCAACAACAACAAACAUGAAUGGCUUACUUCCUAGCCCCUGUGACAUCACUACAGCUGAGAGUAGAGAAGACACACUGGCCAAGUGAGUGACUGAGCUGUGGCAGAGGAGAGGGGUCAACAUGGGGCUACACUCAGCCCAGAAGAAGCACUUUCCCCUGAAGGGGAUUGGUGGCGUGGUUUCCCUGUUCGAAGCGGAGCUCCGUAAAUCUGAACCAGACCUAGCCCUUCUCUCAUUGGUCCUGGGCUUUGCAGAACACUUCCUGGCUGUCAACCGGGUCAUACCAAUUAACGUCCCGGGGGUGCGCUUUGAGCCGCUGGAGCUAGACUGCCCAAACUCCUGCUUUCCUACAGUGGAGUUAGGGAUGCUAUCGGCCCUGCACGAGCGCUUCGCAGCCCAGAUCCGGGGCGCUGUGGAUCUGUCCCAGUACCGCAGGCCUGCUGGCGGGUCCAGCAGGGAACUGGUGAAGAAAGUAUCUGACGUCAUCUGGAACAGCCUGAGCCGCUCCUACUUUAAGGACCGCGCCCACAUCCAGUCCCUCUUCAGUCUCAUCACUGGCACAAAGCUGGACAGCUCGGGGGUGGCGUUUGCAGUGGUGGCAGCAUGCCAGGUGCUGGGGCUGCGGGACGUGCACCUGGCCCUGUCCGAGGACCACGCCUGGGUCAUCUUUGGCAAGAACGGAGAGGAGACUGCAGAGGUCACCUGGCACGGAAAGGGCAACGAGGACCGGAGGGGGCAGACAGUUGCUGCCGGUGUCGGUGAGAGGAGCUGGCUGUACUUAAAGGGCUCCUAUAUGAAGUGUAACAGGAACAUGGAAGUGGCCUUCAUGGUGUGUGCCAUCAACCCCUCUCUGGACCUGCACACUGACAGCUCCGAGAUGCUACAACUUCAGCAGAGGCUUCUAUGGUUGCUGUAUGAGCGAGGAGACCUGGAAAGAUACCCCAUGGCCAUGGGCACCCUCGCAGACUUGGAGGACCAGGAGCCCAUCCCUGGCAAAGAGAGCCCCUACGCCAUCCACCUUAAAGCUGUUAACUCUGCUAAGAAGUACUACAACAACGAGCACAUCUACCCCUUCAUGUACCUGGCCGGCUACCACUACAGACACAGGGAGGUCCGGGAGGCCUUGGGGGCCUGGGCCGAGGCUGCACAGGUCAUGCAGGACUACAACUACUUCCGCGAGGACGAAGAGAUCUACAAGGAGUUUUUCGACAUUGCCAACGACGUCAUCCCCACCCUGCUGAAGGAGACGGCUGCAGCCGCCGAGAGCGGAGAAGGGAGCGAGGGAGGAGAGAAGGGCCAGCCCAUACAUGCCUCUGCCCUCCAGGACCCAGAAUGCUUUGCCCACCUGUUGCGUUUCUAUGACGGCAUCUGUAAGUGGGAGGAGGGAAGCCCCACCCCUGUCCUUCAUGUUGGCUGGGCCACCUAUCUGGUCCAGUCCCUCAGUCGCUUUGACCCACAGAUCCGUCAGAGGGUGUCCAUCAUCACCAAAGAGCCUGAGCCCCAGGAGGACGAUGACCAAUCCAGUGAGGACCCUCGCGAAGGCCGGAGACGUGGCCCGAGGCGUGAGUCCAGACUGGAAGACCAAGCUUCCCCUCCAACACAGUCCACCCCCACCACCCCUGUCCCACCACCAACCCAACCCAACCAGGCUAAGAAAGUAGGUGGCGAGGGCGGGACGCGGCGUCGCUCUUCAGGGCUCCGCGGUGGAGACCCCGACGGCAAGGCCAAGUCGUCCAGCCCGGUGCCAUCUCCUCUCCAGCAGCUGCCCUCCCCCAGUGGGAAUACCCUGGUGGCCUUCCAGAGCAAGAAGAUGAAGGGCAUGAAGGAGCUGCUGUCUGCACCCAAGGUCAACGCCAGCGCCAUCAAGCUCCAGCUCACCGCCCAGUCACAGGUGCAGAUGAAGAGGCAGAAGAGCACACCGUCGGGGGACUACACCAUGUCCUUUAUGAAGCGCCAGCGUAAAUCUCUGUAGAAGGAGGACUCUGUAGAACAUGUCUGUAGAACAUUCCUCUAGCAUGGUUCCCAAGUCUGGUUGUGUUGUAAAGCCAACAUUUAUGGUCAUUUAUCAUAGGAGUUGACUAUACAGCGCACACACACAGAUCUGGGACCAGGCUAGACUUUCUCUUCAUUGGGAGAGAAAUGAGGAGAGGCUGUCUGUAGUACAUUUCCGUUGUGCUGUGACUGUGAGAGGCGAGGCAGCACAUAAAAGACUGCCGCAUCAACUUGCUUACAUCUGCUGAGCAUUAUGCGAUUUACUUUCUUUUUUCAUCCAAAGGUUAUUUUAGCAAUCAUAUCAUGUCUCAAUAAGUAGGGCCGGGAUGAUACCAGUAUCAUGAUACUCGUUAGUAUUGUGGCAAGGAAACAAAUGUCGGAAACAUAAAUCCAUUAAGUUGUAGGCAUCCAGAGUCACAUUUGUUUUUUUUCCCGAGCUAUAGUGUACAAUACUGUACGUACAGCAGGUUUUGUAUGGUUUGUGUUUUCAUUUUUGCCAUGGAAAAAUAUUGUGAUGCUGGCAUCGUCCGGACCCUACCAAUUAAGGCCAUACGAGGGUCGGUAAGCACAUGACGUGUGUGUUUAAGCGUGGAGGUAGUCACUUUAAUCAAGUUUGAACAUAUGUUGACCAAGUUACUCCUUUUUAAUCUUGUGAUUCAAUAAUGAUUGUGUAUCAUACCAUUUUUUUUUUUUUUUUUUUUUUUUUUUUUAAUAAAGUAAAAUGCUGUCACUUUGAGGAUCAACUGAGCAGUGGCACACAUCAACUGUUGAGUUCUGAUUGACUUGUGUGGAAGUUAUUUUAAAGCCAAAGUAAUGGGCGUUUAGAUGAUGAAAACACCCUGCCCCUGGACAUUUUAUGGGAUGGGAGAAUUGCUCUGUUAAAGCAGCCAGAAUUCCAUUCUAUAUUUUCAAGUCAUGACUUAAUUUUCAUGUUUUUCACUGAAAUCCCUGGAAGUGAUUCGGACUAUUACUGUGGAACAAUGUCCAACCCUGCUCUGUUGUAUCUUACAUGCUAGCUAUUGGUUGCCUUAUACACCACCGCCUUUUUUAUUUCAAAUUUAGGUGGCCUUUUUAGUUUUGAGACUAGCCAGAGCUGCAAUAGGCAACCUCAUGAUUAGAAAGACCAUGCACUGUUGAAAGGGUAUUGCUGUAGUUUUCCCAGCUACAUACAGUAGUAUUUUGCUUGAUCAUUGGUUUUAUUUGCAGGUAAUAAAAUAAUUUCAAAUAUGA